AUGCCCCCACUCGCCCCCACGUCUCCCUCGUCUCCCAUACGCGCCACAACACACUCACGCACGCACAAGGCAGCGCCCCGUCCCGUGCGCCUCCUACCCUCCCGGCCUCGCGCGUCCCGCCGCGGCGACCUCGCUGGAGCCCACCUCGCCGGAGGCCCCGUCGCAGAUCUGGUCUCCCUCCGUCCCCUGAUGCCCGCGCCUCCCCCUCUCCCAUCCUCUGCGCCCCCCGAUUGGAUCGGGGGGAUCGAACCGCCACCGCCGCCCGGAACGCCACCGCCACGCCCUACCUCGUCGACGACCACCUCGCCGGACUGCCUCCACUCCGUCCGCGUCGUCUCCGACCUCCACCUCGCGCUCCACUGCCCCGUCCCUAUGCCUCGCGGUGAGGACCCCGGUCCUCCUCUCUCCCCUCUGUCCCCGUGCACGCCGACCACGCUCACCACGACCCCGCCGCAUCCACGGCCGCGCCUUCGCGCGCGCACCUGCGUGCCGGAGCUCGCGCUCUGGGCAGCACGCGCUCACCCCACGCCCGGUCCCGCUCCCGUGCGCCCAUAG